AUGAAGUCAAGGUUGAUAAUUGACCACAAGAGGUUGGUGAGUCAUUUGGAUUCAAGGAAAAAGAAUAAGAAAGCUAUUUCUGAAUUACUAGCUACAAAAAAAAAGUACAAUAAAACAUAUUCUAAACUCAAAUUGAAUAAUAAUUUCCAUAAUUUUAAAUGUAGUAGUGCUUCUGUCUCAGAUUUGAGAUUGUCGAUCAAUAAAUUUAACAUGUUAUUGAAAGCAUCUUCCAAUAAAUAUGAUGAAAUUCAUGACAUUAAUUCAAUUGAAAAACUAUCGCAAAAUGAAUUCAUUGUUACCACAAUUGACAGUAAGACAUUAAUUUUACAUUCAAAUGAAAAAAAUGUUGUUAAUUCAAAUAAUUAUACUUUGAAAUACCAACAGGUUGCUAUAAAUUCGAAAUAUUAUUUAUCUUUAUAUAAUGAUUUAAAUUGGUAUUUGGAUUGGAAAUUUUAUGACAAAAUAAAAACAUUACUUAAGGCAUACAUACAUACAUAA